GGAAUUGAUUCCUGAUAUUGUGAAUAAAGAUGUAAUGGAGUUUACUAUUAAAGGCACCAUUCCUUGCCUCUUCUCCAAAGAAAACUACAUGAAAAUACAGAAGAAAUAUAAAGACCUCCUCUCAGAAGAGAGAUCCAAGAAAAACACCAAGCCUAAGGUCAUUGGAUAUGAUAAUGAUGCUGACCUUCUAAUUGGAAAGCACUGAAGAAAUAUGAUCUUAACACAAUUUUGUGAUCAAUAUUCAUCACUUAGAGAUUACUUGGCUUCAUUGCACUGUGCAAGAGCAUUUAUAUUUGAUACCCAAUUGGGAGGGGAUGAUUUUAAGGAUGCUUAUGACCAGAAAAUUCAAAAAUUAAUCAAUCAGUUUGCUAAGCUAACUCAGACUCUGAAGACUCCCCUACCUGAAGCUAAAUAUCAAGAUUUUGAAGAUGGAAUAUCCAGUAUGGACGAAAUGGUCCCAAAAAUAGAUGAAAUUUUUUCAGAUUUCGGGCUGUUCUUGAUUAAAGAAAUCUCUGAAAAUAUUCGAUCUCAAAUAGAAUCUGCUUCUAAAAGAGCUAGAGCCUUAAUCCCUGAAAAUACUUUUGUGUCCUUGCUUCCCCAGUAUAAAGAUAAAUUUAUGGAAUAUGAAAGAAAUCUUUCGGAUGGCAAAGGUACUAAGACAUCUUUUGGGAAGAAUUCCACCUCAAAAAGUAAGAAGAGUCCUAAUCGGAAGAAUAUACACAGAGGAAUGAAGCAAGAUCCCUUCUCAAGUCAUCAUGUCAUAGCUGAAGAAGAAGUUUAUGAAGAUACGGAAGAAGAAAAGAAGAGUGGAUUUAUUGUGAGACCUAAGGCUAGGGGAAAUAGCUCCGGACUUCAUGACCAAUGGGACUACAAAAAUUUAACAACAGUUGUUCGGAAAGAUGAAGGACAUAUGAUAUAUUAUAGAAAUGACUCUACUCAGACACAGAAAGUUGCAGACAUCGAUUCUACUGUGGUGUUGAAGUCUAAUAUUGAGAGUAGAAUCAAACUUCUUUCAGAAAAGCAGAUACCGAAUCUUUAUGACCUUCAGAUUCAUGUGCAUGAUAGCGUUAUUAAGACUGAUAAAGAAGGGGAGUGUAUUUUAGCUAAAUUUUUGCAAAAUUCUUUCCCAGAUAAUGUAACCCGUUUAACUUUGUUUGCGUCGCUUUCAAAAACAGGAACUGAGAAAGUUGAUGAUAAACUGGUUGAUAUAAUCAAGAAGACUAUUUCAACAUGUGUAAAGGAUUAUGUUUACUUACCUGAUUGGAGUUUUACAAAAACUCAGAUAAAUUCAAUUUUGAAUGAAUGCACUUCAUUAAAAGUAAUUGAUAUCAGAAGGAACGAAGCUCCUUUUGAUGAGAAUUCAAAGAGAAAAGUCCAAGUUAAUUUUGAAGCUCCAUCCUUGUUUAAAAAUUUAAAGAGAUUAUACUUAGUUUCUAAUGAGUUAAAUGAAAAUGAGGUCAAGGCAAUAUCCCAAGGUAUCAUAAAUUCUCACCUCUUGAAGCAAAUGGAAGUUGUUAAUCUGAACCACAAUGCGACUCAUUACGAUUAUAAACUCGACUUUAAAGAUGCAGGAUAUGAGAAUAGCUUUUAUUAGAAUUUGCCAAGACUUUCAAUUA